UCAUCAUUUAAAGGAAAAAAAAACCAUUGUAUUUAGAUGGAGAGUGCCUAUCUAUUCAUUACAGCCUUAUUCCUAGUGGGUUUAUUUUCCACUCAAACAGAUGCUGCUGCAACUUGGUUCUCAGCCCAUGCAACAUUCUACGGUGGGAGUGAUGCUUCUGGUACAAUGGGUGGAGCUUGUGGCUAUGGUAAUCUUUAUACAGAUGGUUAUGGAACAAAAACAGCUGCACUCAGUACAGCUUUGUUUAACGAUGGCAAGUCAUGCGGAGGGUGCUAUCAGAUAGUUUGUGAUGCUAAAAAAGCACCUCAAUGGUGUCUCAAGAGUAGAUACAUUACCAUCACUGCUACCAACUUCUGUCCUCCCAAUUAUGCACUCCCAAGUGACAAUGGUGGUUGGUGUAAUCCUCCCCGUCCGCAUUUCGACAUGUCUCAACCUGCAUUCGAGACCAUUGCCAAAUACAAGGCUGGAAUUGUACCAAUCCUCUACAGGAAGGUUAAAUGCGAGAGAAGUGGAGGCCUUAGAUUCACCAUCAACGGAAGAAACUAUUUUGAGCUAGUGUUGAUAUCAAAUGUAGGGGGUGCUGGGGAGAUAUCCAUGGUGUGGAUAAAGGGUUCUAAAACAAAUAAAUGGGAAACCAUGUCCAGAAACUGGGGAGCCAACUGGCAGAGCUUAAGCUAUCUCAAUGGUCAGAGCUUAUCCUUCAGGGUUCAAGUCAGUAAUGGAAGGAUUCGAACAGCUCUGAAUGUGGUGCCUUCCAAUUGGCAAUUUGGACAGUCUUUCAAAAGCAACAUCCAGUUUUAGACUUUCCUUAAUUAGUACCUACCUCUCUUAUGUAUUUUUCUUUGAUAUACAACUAUUUGUUUUCUUCUUUUCUUUGGGUAGAUAAAAGUCGCCGCUUAGAUUGUGGCUUAGCCUAGUGGUUUACAAAACAUUAUAUAUAUAUGCCAUCUAUUGAAAACUCUAUGUAUUACAAUGUUACUAUAGGCCUUGUAUUGUUACAAGUAACA